AACACCAAAGCGCGGGUGAUUACGAACCGUGACCUCGUUUCCUACCCCGUCGCCCCAAAGUCGGCAUGAGGGCGCAGCCUUACCGAUACCUUAUCGUAUCGACCCACCAUCCGCCAUUAACACGCAUGCGCAAAAAUAUGCGGAAUAACUGACGUUUCAGCCAGCCAGUACCACGGCUAAAUCCACACGACCCUGUAAAUAAAACUGUAAAUAUUCCUAAAUUAAAUAGUGACUGUGAUUCGAAUGUUUUUAAAAACCGUCGCUGUGUUUGGUGAUAUCUGAACGGGGCGGGAGCUAGUUGUAAGCCACAAUGAUCGACCCGAGCUCGUCGGAAGAGGACAGCGAGGACGAACACAAGAAGCAGCCCACCAACAAAUUACAACCAGUGGCUCCACCUGGAUCGUUGGCAAGCGGGCGGCCCUCGGUCCGCGGCAAGCCGGAGCUGCCCCGCGGGUCUACAGCCGGUCUACAGGGUGCGAGUCCCCUCACGACGGCCCCGCUCGCCGCCCCCCUCCAUCCCGCCACCAGGCAGCGGGAGCAAGCCGCGCUUGCACCACCUCCACAUGCAUCGUUCUUGCGCAGGACGUCGACUGGGAGUGCGAGCUCUGGGGAGGCGCCAGCGCCGUCACCGAGCCCUUCUGGGGCCAGUCAUUCUGACAAGGACCAAGACCCUCAGGAAAAGAUCGAAAAGCUAGAGGAGGACAAGAAGCGGCGACUGCAGCUGUACGUGUUCGUGUCGCGAUGCAUCGCGCACCCCUUCAACGCCAAACAGCCCACGGACAUGACGCGGCGGCACACCAAGCUCACGCCGCACCAGCUGGAGACCAUUCAGGCGCGGUUUCAGGCAUUUCUAAAAGGCGAAACCCAGAUUCUCGCUGAUGAGGCCUUCCAGAACGCGGUCCAGUCGUACCACGACGUGUUCCUCAAGUCAGAGAGGGUCGAGCAGAUGGUCAGAUCAGGUGCCUGCAGCCACCACGACUUCCGCGAGGUCUUCCGGAACAAUAUCGAGAAGAGAGUCAGGUCUUUGCCAGAAAUUGAUGGAUUAAGUAAAGAAACUGUCCUAACGUCGUGGCUAGCUAAAUUCGACUGUAUCAUGAAAGGAACGGGAAUAACAGGUGUGCUGGGCGACGAUGAAUCCAAGCGGCCGUCGCGGGCUCAACAGCAGAGUCUCAACGCGGAGUGCAUCCUGAGCAAAGAGCAGCUGUACGACAUGUUCCAGCAGAUCCUCGGGGUCAAGAAGUUUGAGCAUCAGCUUUUGUUCAACGCGCUGCUUCUGGACUCGGCAGAUGAACAAGCGGCCGCUAUCCGGAGAGAGCUGGAUGGAAGAAUGCAGAAAGUCAACGAGAUGGAAAGGAACCGCAAGCUAAUGCCGAAGUUCGUCCUCAAAGAGAUGGAGUCCCUCUACAUCGAAGAGCUCAAGUCCUCGAUCAACCUCCUCAUGGCCAACUUGGAGUCCCUUCCCGUGUCCAAGGGCGGGGCUGACUCCAAAUACGGCCUGCAUAAAAUCAAGCGGUAUAAUCACAGAUCAAACGCCGGGCCUGACCCGAGUCCAAGGUUGAGUAAGCAGCUGUGUUUCAGAUCGCAAGGGUCUCUGGCCAACAAGUUGACAGGCGAGGGCGACGGCGGAGAUGUUGACACUCAGCUGACCAAAAUGGAUGUCGUUCUGACUUUCCAAAUAGAGGUAGUAGUGAUGGAGGUAAAGGGUCUAAAGUCAUUAGCGCCGAACCGGAUAGUGUAUUGUACUAUGGAAGUGGAAGGGGGCGACAAGCUGCAGACCGACCAGGCUGAGGCGUCCAAACCUAUGUGGGACACUCAAGGUGACUUUAGUACCACACAGCCCCUGCCUGCUGUUAAAGUUAAGUUGUACACGGAGAACCCUGGGGUACUAGCCCUGGAAGAUAAGGAACUUGGGAAAGUUGUUCUCAGACCUACGCCACUUUCUAGCAAGGCUCCAGAAUGGCAUCGCAUGACGGUACCAAAGAACCUUCCAGAUCAAGAUCUGAGAAUCAAAAUAGCGUGUCGGAUGGACAAGCCACUGAACAUGAAACACUGCGGGUACCUCCACGUGAUCGGCAAGAAUGUAUGGAGGAAAUGGAAGCGGCGCUACAUGGUGCUGGUCCAAGUGAGCCAAUAUACGUUCGCGCUGUGCUCCUACAAGGACAAGAAGUCAGAACCGGCGGAGAUGAUGCAACUGGACGGCUUCACGGUGGACUAUAUAGAGUUGGCUAGCGCACAACUAAUGGUUGGGCAAGAACUGGAAGGCGCCAAGAACUUCAUGAAUGCCGUCCGCGACGGCGAGUCCGUGCUGAUGGGAGUGGGCGACGAGAACGAGUGCCACUUGUGGGUCAUGGCUUUAUACAGGGCCACAGGCCAGAGUCAUAAGCCCACUCCACCUACUACGUCGGAUACCCAUCAUAAGAUCAUGGGAGAUGCAGACAAGGCGCGUAAGCAUGGAAUGGAGGACUACAUCCAGGCAGACCCGUGUCAGUACGACCACCACCAGCUGUUCUGUACGCUGCAGUCCCUCACCCUGAAAUACCGGCUCCAGGAUCCUUACUGCUCAUUGGGCUGGUUCUCCCCUGGCCAAGUUUUCGUGCUCGACGAAUACUGCGCGCGCUACGGCGUCCGCGGCUGCUUCCGCCACCUCUGCUACCUCUCCGACCUCCUCGACGUAGCCGAGAGCGCCUCCCAGACUGUAGACCCCACGCUCAUGCAUUAUUCCUUCGCGUUCUGUGCGAGUCACGUCCAUGGCAACAGUACGGCCACGUUGCCUGGCAGGCCCGAUGGCGUGGGCAGCAUCACCGUCCAGGAGAAGGAGAAGUUUGCGGAGAUCAAGGAGCGGCUCAAGGCACUGUUGCAGCAUCAGAUCACCAACUUCCGAUAUGCGUUCCCGUUCGGAAGGCCGGAGGGCGCGUUGAAGGCAACACUAUCUCUGCUAGAAAGGGUUCUGAUGAAAGACGUAGUAACUCCCGUGGCACCCGAAGAAGUCCGUGCCAUGAUCCAAACCAGUUUGGAGAACGCAGCGCUACUGAACUAUACACAACUCAGUCAAAAGGCCAACAUUGAAGAGGACUUAAGAGGAGAAACAAUGGUGACACCAGCGAAGAAAUUGGAGGACCUGAUACAUUUAGCCGAGCUGUGCGUUGAUCUCCUUCAGCAAAACGAAGAACACUACGCGGAGGUGUAUAACACAAAACCGGACUCUAGCGGUCAACCAAAUGCAUUCGCGUGGUUCUCAGAGCUGUUGGUGGAGCAUGCUGAGAUAUUUUGGGCCCUGUUCGGUGUCGACAUGGAUCGGGUUUUAGCGGAACAGCCUCCUGAUACGUGGGAUUCCUUCCCGUUGUUCCAGAUUUUGAACGAUUAUUUGAGGACUGACGAAAACUUGAAAGGCGGUCGUUUCCACGAGCACCUACGAGACACGUUCGCUCCACUCGUCGUGCGGUAUGUGGACCUCAUGGAGUCCUCCAUCGCGCAGAGCCUGCACAAGGGCUUCGAGAAGGAGCGGUGGGAGAUCAAGGGCAACGGCUGUUCAACAAGCGAAGAAUUGUUCUGGAAGCUGGAUGCGCUGCAGUGCUUCAUCCGGGACCUGCACUGGCCAGAGCCGGAAUUCCGGUCACACCUGGAGCAAAGACUCAAGCUGAUGGCCAGCGAUAUGAUGGAGACUUGCAUCCAACGGACUGAGUCCUCUUUCCAGUCGUGGCUGAAGAAGAGCAUAACGUUCAUGUCAACGGACUACAUCCUGCCAGCGGAGACAUGCGCCAUGGUGAAUGUGGCGCUGGACGCCAAGAACCAGGCGCUCAAGCUGUGUGCUGUGGAGGGUGUGGACAUUUACCAAUACCAUGCGAAAAUGGACGCCCAGAUAGACUCCUGCCUCCAAGCGAUGGCGACGGGUAUGACCACGCGACUGUCAGCCGUGCUAGAAGCCACGCUAGCUAAGAUCGCACGAUUCGAUGAGGGGAGUUUAAUUGGCUCUAUCCUGACGAUAGCCAACGUGUCUGGGUCGGGCAAAGACAUCGGGCAAGGCUACGUCAACUUUAUGAGGAAUUCUAUGGACCAAAUUAGAUCGAAGGUGACAGAUGAGUUAUGGAUAUUACAACUGUUCGAGCAGUGGUAUGGCAUCCAAGUUGGAUUAGUCAACACGUGGCUAACAGAGCGGCCCGCGUUACACCCUCAACAGGUCGCGUGCCUUUCUAUCAUUCUAAAGAAAAUGUACAGUGACUUCGAGCUGCAAGGCGUGAUAGAUGACAAGCUGAACUCGAAGAUUUACCAGAACGUGGCGUCUCGUAUGCACACCGAGGAAGCUACAUGCAGCUUGCUACUGGCUCAACAGGACGCUGGGGGCGGGGACGAGGGUUCGGAAGAAGGUUCGAGGAGCGGCAAAUCGAAGCUGGAAGCGCUCACCGAGGAGGCCAAGCUUGGCAACGUGACUGCUGUCGUUGGGAAGGUUGGCAACAUCUUCGGGCGAGGCAUCGGCGAGCUGUCAUCAAAGAUAGGCGGCGCUUCGUCCUGGUUCUAGCGCCUCACAUGGGUUUUAUUAUUUGCCAACAUCGGUGUAGAGAGAUGAGAAUCCAUGCCUUGUAGUACUGCGAAGGGGUCUGCCGAAGGCCUAUAGCAAAAAUUUAAAUUUCUUUAUCUGCCUCUCUAUCGCUCUUAUAUAGGUAUUCGAACGAUAGAGAAGUAGGUAGGUAACGAUUUUCAAUUUUUGCGGUAGAUCUACCGACAGAUUAGACCACUGACAGAUUGCUGGUUGCGAUCAACCUAUAUCUCAGAUUGCGAACCUUUAAGCUAACAGAUUGGAACGACAGAUUUAUGAGUCUGUUGGUGCCUUUACUGCUAAUCAGCUCGAUUUUUUAAUUGGCAACACUAAAUUUGUUACUGAUUUUGAAUUUUGCGUUCACACGACGGUAGUUAGAAGCAAAUCUACCUUAAGCCAACUUAAAUACCACGAGAUUGAAUGAAUAAUAAUUAUGUCUCGAUCAUUUAGUGUUGUCAAUUUAAAUCUAUCGAACUUAUAAGAGUACUUAACCUUUUUGAGAAAUGCUUGAUCUGAUAGUUUUACUAUCUGCGCGUGACCAUCGUUUAUUAAAAAUUAUUUAAAAAUUCUGAAAACAAUUUGCCCAUUCAGAAUUUACUAAAAUGCCAAAAUGCAAAAUAUUUCAGAUCAAGCAUUCUCCUCCCGGCAGUAGUAAAAAGCUUAAAACUAUUCUGUGAUGAUGAAAUAAUUUCAUUUUGCUUUCAACUUUUGAAUUAGAGUUUCCGCCAUUUUUAAAAUAAAUAAAUGGCAUCUUACGCGCUAGGUAAUAACUUAAGUGGCCAGUCGCAUAUAGCUUAGUGUGAUUUAGUAGGUAUAGUAAUUAUUUUAUAAAAAAAAGCUUUAUUAUGUACAGUUAGGGUCACCAUUUAUUCGAUACCAUUGUACUAGGUGUGUAUAUUAAGAGUAGUAUUUGAUAACACGAAAGAUAACAAUAAUGAAAUACGAAUGCAUAAAUAGGUAAACACAUGCUACAAUAAGAAAACAUAUCGCUUUGGCAAGAGUAUAUUUUACGUGUUGUAAUUUGUAAAAUAAAUUACAAUUACUACGGUGGCGUUAUUUACAAAAAUAUAACGUAAAUUGUAAUGAGUUUGAAAAUGAGGAAUACGAGUGCACGGAGAAUACCUAAAUUGAUUUUAUAUCCCUAGCCCUACUAAUUACAGAUAGUAGAUACGCCACUUAAAAUGAAGUCUCCAAAUACCUAGUUAUCACCAUAAUUAUGGUCGUAUGGCAUUAAUUAAUAAUAAGUUAAUAACAAUAACUUCAACAAAUUUUUUUUUGGGAAAGUCGCGUAUCUACUUUUGUAUUGUGUUAUCUGUGUCGCUAUGCUCCCAAGUAACAUCCAAAUGCACUAUCUCAGGCAGUGUAGUUUCCAAUGCAACUCUUUCUAUACCUACUUCAAGAAAACAUAUUUUUCUAAUAGACUUCGUAAUUCACUUUUUACAUCAUUUGUUUAAUCUAGUUCUAAUCUAAUGUUUACCUCAAAACUUUUGGAAUGCAUUCUUAUAAAAAUAUAAAGGCGCGAGAAUUGUAUUUUUGCUAAACCUACAUAAUGUUGCCAGUUAUUCAAUUUUUACCCCAUUUCGGGGUAAAAGAUGUUUUUAUAAAAAUGCAUGAUUAAAUUGAAAGUUAGUCACUGUUUGCUAUAGUACUAUUUCUCUAUAGUUUAAUGCUCUAAUCUAUUAAAAUAUCUAGUGACUACACUUUACCUUGACUUAGUCAUCGAUAUAACUAUUUAUAAAUGAAUAUGUAUAACAUUAUAGUUAUUUGUUGACAAAUAAUAUUCUUCUACGCUAAACACCUUACAAAUUUUUAAACUAGGUGAAAAAUUUAAAGUUCUUAGAUAAACUUAACGUAAAUGACAGCGAGUAGUCGCUAUGCUGAGCCUUAUUACUAAAGGGCGACUGACGGGUGUUAUUUUCAUGUCACAAACAUCAGUUGGCAUUAAAACAUGCUUAAAGUAGAAUUGACACUUUUGUAGCAUAUAUUAGCAUUGAUUGCUACAAGAAGCGAAUAAAUUCGAGUAAAACGUAUAUUACAGUGGCAAUAUAGUUACUUUAUUACACUGUAGGUACUCACCGCUAAAUGAUAUUGCGAACACUAGAGUUUGCAGGUAAUAAAGUACCAGUUUUGGAGCGCAGUUCAGCAUAUUAAGCUUCUUUGUAAAAAAAAACCAAAUUACUAUCCAUCAUCUAGUCACCAAUAAAUAGCAUCUGGCAGCCGCCCAUUGCUUAUUACUCGUAACGUUGAGGAAGGCUUGAGAAAGGCUUUUGAAGGAAAAUUAUUUUCAUUUUAUCACUUCAGCUUUCAUGACUAAAUCAUUACAUUUAUAUCUUGGCAUCUUCACACGCAAUAGCCUAAGACGGGCGAAUACAAACUUACAUUUGCCGCUAGAAAUGUCCGUACGGUCUAAGAAAUGAUUGAAAUCAGUACGUGACGACAGGAAUUCUAGAUUUACGCAGUAUGCCUGUAAGUUUGUACGGUAACGAUAGCAUCAAAGUGAUGGUUUUCGCGCUUCUUGGAGUACACUAUAGUUACAGUUAGUUUAGUAGAGUAGGUACUGGUAUUUAUUUAUCUAUCAAAUAAAAUUUCACUUAAAAUUAUAAAAUGCAUAGACAUCGAAAAAUAUGCUUAAUCAUUGUAUUUGAUUGUAUGAAAACAUUUUUUACUGUCACUUUUUAAUUUAUACUAGAUGCCAAGAUCACAGUAAAAUUAAAACGAAAAUUCAUAUGAACGGAUUAGACCAAAGCAUCAGUUUAACCUCGAAAUCAUAGUCAUUAUAAUGACUAUUUACACUAGAAAUGAAAAAUGUUGAGUCCGGAAAAUAUAUUUAGCACUUUGUCGCAAUAAUACCUUCAUAUUAACGCCUGUGGGUUUUUACAAAAAUGUAUCGAUCAGGCUAAAGUGACAAAAUGCUAAGUCAUCUGGAGGUUGCGACACUAUGUAGUACUGUAAUAGCACAGUAAAUAAUCGACAUUAGGUAAAUGUAGUGCUCAUUAAUCAAAAAUAUGAAAUAAGAGGAACUUGUAAAGUAUCUAUUCACGUUUUUAUUUUGUUUUGCCUUCGAUUUUCACUACGAAUGAUGACUAUGUUUCUAAUGUGCAGAACGCAUGAUAUGGUUUUGGGUAUAUUUUUUCAAAUUAAAUUAAAUUCAUGAUUUAAAAAUUGUAAAUCAUUUUAAUCGUAAUUUUAAUACACGAAGACCCAGAGGAAAAUCAUAACAUAAAAAUAUAUAGUUAUAAUAUAAUUAAGUAACAUUUAACAGUCAGUUACUUAAAUAAAAUAUAUAAAAAAACAGUUAAAAAUGUGUUAAAAAAGUGGUAAAAUAUAAGUUGUGGGUUUUCCGAUGCACGAAUUUCGUUUAUGCGUUCUCACAUUAAAUUUGCUUCACUAUUUUUCUUCUAGUUUGGAAUCGAGCUCAAUCAAAAAGUACAGAUCUGUAGUGUCUAAUUGCAUAUAAAGUACCUAAUAAAACGAGCCGACUGACAAUGUUCGUAGACUUGCUUAUAAUGUAUUAUUUCGCCACGAUAUGGUCGAGAUUCUGUAUGGCUUAUAAUCUAAAACAGUAAACACUUGUGCCUAUAAAUCUUGAAUAAUAAUUAAUAAUACUACUGAAUUUGGUAACAAUAGCUACGUCCACGGUGACUGGUUCUAUCAGGCGGGCCUAGUUUGUAAUCCGGAUCCGAAAUGUAUGAAAUUAUCCGGAUCUGGAUCCGGAUCCGCGGAUCUUCCCAUACAUUUCGGAUCCGUCGUGCAAACCCUAGGCGGGCCGUAUGCCUGUGGUAUAAAAAAAGCAUCAUUAGACGGCUUAAAUAUUUUAAAUUAUUGUGAUGCUUUUAGUUGACAAUGGUAAUUGGUUACUGAUAAACCAUACGGUUGAAUACGAACCAAAUUGUACAGUUUUAUUGCUCAGCUGUAUAUGUAUAUAAAAAAAUAAAUGUUUUUUAAUAUAUAAAGCCUAAAAAAUGCAUGGAAUAGAAUCGACGCCAUCUAAGAUAAUUUGUCAAAUAUCUGAUUAUCGCUCAUUUGUUUUAAUAUAGUAAAAUCGAAAUCAUUAAUUCAUUAUUAUAAGUUCGAAACUAAAACUGGUUAGAAAUAUCUCGAAAUCUACCUAGUAGGAUGGUGGCCUAAAUACAAGGUAUAAAUAUUGCUAACGCUGUUAAAAUGCUUUAUUCAUAGUAGGUAUUAAAUAAAUACUUAAACCUAACUUAACAUUCAAUCCAGUUUAAAAAAUGUUACCAAAUUGAAGUAGUAUUAGUUAAUCACGGAUUAACCAUUCAAAGUGAGUAAUUUUGUCGGCGGCCGGCGCCAUACUGAGUCUCUCAAAUGCUUCGAAUGCCACCGAGUGUAUUGCGAUUGUAAGGGGAUACAAUAAAAAAUAUUUACAAUAAAAAUGUUUACUGUUUA